AACAUAGACGGUAGGAAAAUACAAAAUGGCGCUCCCCUGCGAACAAUUUGUUGUUGAGAUCGUCUGUAAAUUCUUGCUGCAUACUUCAAUAAUGCGGAAUUUCGGAUGACAUUUGACAUAUUUUCGUCCCGUAUAACUGAACAGCUUAGCAAUUGUUAGUUUCUAAAAGAAAUCGAGCGUAUCCAUUGAUUAGAAAUGCGGCGUUGAAAUUGGGAUUAAAAUGCAUUCAAAAUCAAGUUAUUGCGUCGUCUGCUCGAGAUUCGUGGUUUGUUUAUGGGUCGUGGCGGCGUCACAGACGGACGCCCGUGUCGCAGUCCGUGAUCAUUUUGAUGGAAAGGGAUUGCCUGCUGGAAUUGUAGAACAACUACGAUCAAUAGACAAUGAAGACUUUGGAGAAGACUCCUGUAAAAUCGUCCCCAAGGAUGUACAAUUAACAAGACAUUCCUCAAGAAGUGGAUUCCACAGGGAUAUCCAUACCUCAGUGAGUGUGCUGCUCGAUCAAUCCCAUCACUGCACAUCUUGCCAUCUUCUCUUGAUUGAGAGGCUUCCUGGCGGCCUGUAUGUCGACCUUUACCAAUCAGCUGCAGCAGUUGACUUUGGAGGACCUCAGAUUCUUGCAUUUGAAGAAAUUGAUCUGGAGAAACCAGCCUACCUCUCUGCUGGACACACCAUUCUUGUCUAUCCCUCCAGCUCACCCCAAAUAAUACCUCAGGGACGUGAGGUGGUGGUGAAUUUCACCACUGAGAUGCCGAUCCAUCUGAGAUAUCACAGACCGUCUGCGGAGCCAGAUGCGCACUCGGCCCACGUUUCACUGCCGUCACCUUAUGCAUUGAUUAGGUGCACAGGGGCUUCACAUAUUGGAACACAAACAACGGCUGAUGAUGACGCAGAUGGUUUACCGGUGUACAAAGCCCCAUGCAGUGGAACAAGCAACACCAACUGUCUAUGGAGGCUAUUACCACAGAGUCCCAGGGAGAAUCAUGAGCUGCAUUUUCAAGUUCCCGUUGGGCAGCAGAGUCACACGUUACUUGUCACCGUGGUAACAAUACUGGCCACCAUCGCAGGAACUUUGGCAGUGCUCGUAACAAUGUUCAGAAGCUCCACAAAGGCUAAACCGGACUGAGCCACAGAUGAACCGGACAGGCAAACAAUGUGGAGUUGAUAAACACAGACACCUGCCAAGCUCAGAAACUAAUUUCCUUUGCACAAACUGGUUACCACCUGAGAAUUGCUAGCUACAUGUACAUGUAUGCGUGCUGAUUGGGACUUGUAACAAAAAUGUACUGAGCAAGAUUUUCCGCUUGAAAAGUGGCCCAGAUCAAUCUGGCAUGACUCACUUAAUAAUUCAGGAAUGUUUGAACAUUUUAAGAGAAGGCAAAAUUUAAGUACAAAUUCAAGUCUAUUAUGAAAACAAAACUGAUUCAAAGAAAUUUACCUUUGUCAUCCUAUUAUAUUACCCACUCCCUUUGCAAAGUUAGGUCUCAUUAAACCAGUGACAUACAAUGUAACAUGUGAAUGACAUGAUAAUUGGUGUCAUUAGUGCAGAAACAAAACUUCAUUAGAUGCAACACAGUUAAAUUAAUUAAUCCUCAGUUAUGAAAUAUCAAAUUCAUCAAACAGGUCAAAAGAAUAAACAAAAUUUCAAACUGAAAACUGUGUGAAUUCACACCAAAAAGUCCUGCACUGCCCUGGAAGCACAAAUAUGUUGAAAGUGUAGUUAGGAUUUUCAGAUUAAAUUUCAGGGAUUUGGUAUGAAAUGGAGUGAAGUUUAAUCCACUCGAUAUUGGAGCAUGUGUAACAGACUUCCUCGGCUGUUAUUCAAAUCGAGACCCAGGCAGAUACCAAAAAUAGGCUGAUUAUAGAAAUCUGGGGUUCAAGAAACUUCCAGUAAUGCUGUGUUGCUCUGUUACCCGCCUGUACCAGUGCUGUGCAAUCAUGUAGAAUGCCAUGGUCCAGUGGUUACGGUUUUUGACUCGUGUGUGAUGGUGCGUGGGUUCGAAACCCUGCCAGGAAC